UCCAUUCUCUAAAAGCUUCUCAUUCUCCUCUCAACACUUGUAAAUCCCUUUCUUCUCUCACAAUCUCAUGUGUGUAUAUAUAUAUUAUACACAAACACAUUAAAUUAAUUAUUACUUCCAACAACAAAAGAAAAGAAAAAAAAAGAAAUGAGUCAAGGACAGCCUCAAAGGCCUGCCGGAGAUAAUUACAAGGAUCCAGUCAAAUAUGGCGACGUUUUUGACGUCUCCGGCGAGUUGGCCUCCAAGCCCAUUGCCCCUCGUGAUGCUGCCAGCUUGCAGGCCGCUGAGAAUAUAAUUCUCGGCCAGACUCCUCGUGGCGGCCCUGCUGCGGUUAUGCAGUCCGCUGCCAAUCUCAACGAACGUGCUGGGCUUGUUGGUCACUCCGACGUGACCGAUGUUGCUCUAAACGAAGGUGUGAACGUGACUGAAACUGUGGUCGACGGUCAACGAUUCGUGGUUGAGUCGGUGGGCGGACAGAUUGUGGGACGUUUUGUCCAACCAAACGUUCCAAUGAGAUCUCCAGGAGCAACACUCGACAAUGAUUCAAUCAGCAUUGGAGAAGCUUUAGAAGCCAGCGCAGUCAGUGCGGGAGACAAGCCGAUUAAUCAAAGCGACGCGGCCGCAAUCCAAGCGGCCGAGGUUCGUGCGACCGGGGAAAACAAUAUAAUCCCAGGUGGCAUUGGGGCGGAGGCACAAUCGGCUGCCACCCUCAACACUCGAGUCAUGCUGAACGAGAAUAAGACAACACUUGGCGACAUUCUAACCGAUGCGACACGAAAGUUGCCAGGAGAUAAGACGGUGACAAAGGAAGACGCAGAGAGGGUGAUAAGUGCGGAGAUAAGGAACGACCUAAAAAUGGCUACUACCCCGGGAGGGGUGGCAGCGUCAGUGGCAGCCGCGGCAAGGCUUAACCAACAACAGGGGUAGCAUAGUGUAUUUUGAUCAUAUAGUAGCAAGUUCUUCUUCUCUGCUUUAUUUUAUGGAUGUCAAGAAGUUUUCAAGUAGUUGUUAGGAGUACUGUGUUGUUAUCUUUUUUGUUUAGGAGGUGUGUGUUUAAUUUCUAGUGUGUAGGGUUAUAUUUUAUAAUUAGACUUUUAGUAGUGGUUUUGAGAGGAUAUAUAUAUAUAUAUAUAUAUAUCUUUUUGUUGGAACCAAGUUAUUGUACAUCUAAGAUUAUUCCAAAUAAGCUUAAAAAAGAUGCAUGGGAUUAAUUAACUGACAA